AUGCUUUUCAAUUCUUUGUUUUGUUUGUUCCUCGGCGCAGCAAGUGCCUGGACUCCUCAAUCCAGAGUGGUUGCGAGGGCCAACGGAGAAAAGAUUACCGAACGACGGCUAUUGGACGAUAAGAAGAUCCGUGGAGUCAACCUAGGCUCGCAGUUCAUCAUUGAACGAUGGAUGGCCGAAGAAUCAUGGAAGACGAUGGGCUGCAGUGCUUACAAUGACGAGUGGCAAUGCGUCAAGGGUAUCGGUCAAGCCAAAGCCAACGCCGCUUUCAAAAAGCACUGGGAGACUUGGAUCACAGAGGACGAUGUCAAACAGAUUGCCAGUCUUGGUCUCAAUGCCGUACGUAUUCCUGUUGGAUACUGGAUGUACGAGGACAUUAUCCAGGCUGGCGAAUACUGGCCCCGAGGCGGUAUCUGGCACCUUGACCGUAUUGUAGGCUGGUGCAAGAAGCAUGGUAUCUACGUGCUCAUUGGUCUUCACUCUGGUCCUGGUAUCAGCUCCCCGAACGAGCAAUUCACAGGCCAUUCUGUGCCAGAUCCUCAAUUCUAUACUCCAGAGAACUAUGAGCGAGCAUACAAAUUCCUCGAGUGGAUGACGAAGCGCAUUCAUACCAACGGCAACUACACUACUGUUGGUAUGCUUGAAGUUUUGAACGAGCCGGUGCAUGUGGCAAAGUGGCAGGCCGAGGCAGCAGAUAUGAUCAAGAAUUAUUAUCCCAACGCAUUUAAGCGCAUCCAAGCUAUGGAGGGCUAUUUGAAGGUUGCUAAAGCCGACAGCUUACACGUUCAAUUCAUGGUAAGUGGCAAAUCCUGGGGAUCAGGAGACCCAAGGACCUAUCUCCCAGAUGAUGAGCACAUCUUCUUCGACGCACACCGAUACCUGAGUUUCGAUAACAGAAUUGCCGGCAACAAGAAAGCCUACAUCCAGACCGCAUGCAAUGAUGACAUGGGAAGGCAUGUCUUCGUUGGCGAAUGGUCGCUGUCAGUGAACAGUACCUUGAAAAACACAGAUGAGUUCAAGGUUGAUGGGCAAGAAACAUGGUACAAAGCCUACUGGGCUGCUCAAGCGGAGUCCUUUGAGAAGUCUGAUGGAUGGUUCUUCUGGUCUUGGAAAUGUGACGGUAAACUGGGUAAGCAAGACUGGCGGUGGUGCUACCAGUCUGCUGUUGCCGCAGGGGUUAUUCCUAAAGAUGCCAGCAGCGCCGCGAGUUUGAGCCCUUGCGACAGAUAUACUCAGUAA